AUGGAGGGGCUCACUGAAGAGGUGAACUCUGAGCAGACAGCUGCAGAAGACCGGCCAAUCGGCGGCCGUGACCGCGGCCCACGUGGGCAGGCGGCCUCGCGAUUGGCCGGCGCCUCCUGCGGCCGCCUGCGGAUCCUGAGCCCACGUGCAGCUGCUGCUCAUUCAUUGACCGGCUUCGCGGUCCAGAGUCUGAAGAUGACCUCUCAGAGCCCGCCCAGCUCCCAGGGGCACUCUCACGGAGUCGAGAACGCCGAGCCCCCAGGAAACUUGGUGGAAUCUCUGUCUUCUGACUCCAAGGCCCCUCGGGAGCUGACAUCUUUGAACACCCUGGAUGAAUUCAAGGUGCAUUUCUCCAGGUUUCCCCCCAAAUUGAUGGCACAGGUGAAGAAUAUUUACCACUUGCUCCAGAAGGUCCAGGAGGAUCUCCAGGAACAUAACAGGCAGGCAAAAGACUUCUUACAGCUCAUAGAGAUCUGGGACCAACCCCAGGACGUACAGCCUACCAAGCUCCAGGUAAGCCAAGUCUCAUCCGGCAAACCAGCCAGCCAGGAAUCCAGGAAACCAGCCCGCUCUGAGCCUUCCCAGCAGGCAGAGGUCCAGUUCCCGCAGCCCUGCAGCCUCCAGAGGCCAGACUUUGAGGACGUGGCAGACACACGGUUGUCAACCUGGUCCCAGGGGCCAUCUCAAGGGGACGUCGUUGCAUUCCACCGGCCGCAGAUCUGGGACACCCAGGAGCCCCAGUUUUGGCAGGAUCUUCUAACGAGACGACUGUGGCAGAUUUUUUCUGGUCCCAGCCUGCCCACCUCCUCCUCCAGCAACUCUGAGGGUUCCAGAGAAGGGAGAACAAGUCUGGACACGGCCGCGGAAGGGGUGCCCUCCCACGUGGCCCAGGAGCCUGUGGAAACAGCCUGUCAAUUUUUGAAGCCAGUAUCCUGGGACCCCGAGGACUUCGAAGAUACUUGGAACAGGCCGGGGUCCUUUCCCUGGCGAUCCAAGAAAUUGGCCGUCCCAUACAAACUGGAGAAGAUGCGGACACUCAAACACGGGAAGCCAGUGCUCUCCACGGCCAUCAGCAGCUUCACACACCACGUGUUCACCUGCAGCAGGGGCGGCAUCAAGGUGUGGAGUCUAAGUGGCCAGGUGGCCAAGGACAGGUUCCCAGAGAGUUACCUGCCCGUACAGACCCCCGGUGCCUACCUGUACACCUGCCUGCUGUUCCCGGACAGCACCACGCUGCUCGCAGGUGGCAGCAGCCUGGCCGGCGUGAGCGUGUGGGACCUGGCCGCCUCCCGGCUCCACGUGAAGGCCGAGCUGCCCUGCCAGGGUCUCACAUGCCAGGCCCUGGCCGCCAGCCCCAGCGACAACCUGGCCUUCGCCGGCUUCACCGACGGCACCGUCAGGAUCUGGGACUUGCGGAAGCAGGGGCUGGUCAGACAGCUCCCGCGUCACCCAAAUGGCACCAGGAAUGUCGCCGUCAGAGGUCACAACGUCUGGACGGGGGGCCUGGACGCCUGUCUGCGGUGCUGGGACCUGAAGAUGGUUGGGGAGCCCCGGGAGGUCCGGUUUGAGUCUCAGAUAAUGAGCCUGGACCCCAGCCCCAGAGAAGACUGGGUACUGCUUGGCUUGGCCAAUGGUCAGCAGUGGCUGCAGCACCCCAGCCAGGACCAGAGGCAUCUGGUGGGGUGUGACCGCAGAAUCAUCUUCGAUCUGAAGUUCUCCCCCUAUGGCCAGUGGUGGGUGAGCGUGGGGUUGGACGACUUAGUCGGCAUCCACGGCAUGCCAACAGGAAGACAAGUGUUCCAGGUUCCUGAGACCUCCUCCAUCUAUUGCUGCGACGUGGCAUCCAACAACCGCCUGAUCGUCACGGGGUCUACCAGCAGCGCCUCGGUGUACCAGAUCACGUACUGA